ACCAAUGAAUGUCGUAAAGACAACACUUUCACUUCUUUCCUCUCUAUCACCGAACCAACAAAAGAAAUCUCUGAAAAUUAUCUCAGAAUCCCUAAAAUUCACUUUGAAAAAAUGGCAGAAACCGCCGAAACAAUCAACACCACCGUCUCGCAUCCGCAGCCUGAAUCAGAAGACUCCAACACAUUGUCCGCGACGGAAGAUCAGACAUCGGAUGAAACCUCAAAAGCCGCAGAUCUGAAGAAGGAAGAAUCAGUGGCGGAGACGAAGCCAGGAUCCAUCUCGCUCCGUAUCUGGCCGCCGACGCAGAAAACUCGCGACGCCGUCUUGAACCGCCUGAUCGAGACGUUAUCCACCGAAUCCAUCCUCUCCAAGAGAUACGGAACGCUCAACUCCGACGAAGCCUCCGCCGUCGCGAAAUCCAUCGAGGAGGAAGCGUUCGGCGUCGCAUCGAGCGCUGUGUCCGAUGACGACGAUGGGAUCAAGAUCCUUGAGGUUUAUUCCAAGGAGAUUAGCAAAAGGAUGCUUGAGACUGUGAAAGAUCGAUCUGCAGCCACCGCCGGAAACGGGAACGACGAAGCGACGGACGCUACGAAAGACGACCCGGCUCCUGAGGCGGAGAAGAGUGAGGCUUGAGGUCUGGCUUACUCUGUCUGAUUCCGUUAUCUUUUAGCGUUCGCUUUGAUUUUGCCAGAUUCAUAUGAGGUUCUGAGAAAUUUAUGACGAGAUCUGUUAUUGUAAUGACUUGGUUGUGGAUUUUGGUAUUUGCUUGUCUGAAGAUGGUUCCUUCUUCCUAAUUCGCUGCUUGCUUGGUUUGACUUGUUAA